UGACGUUGACCGACUGUCACGACCUCCAUCGUUUCCAUCAGCCAGCACACAAUGUCGUCAUCAGCACAAGACCCACUGCAAACACCGCGCAGGAAAGAGGGCGAAGCGCAGGUGCUGGCCCCAGCAGGAGGAUCGGGAGCGGGCCCCAAGAGCUCCUACUACCAAGGUCCGCCAGCACAGAACAGUGCGUUCGGAACAGCACCGAUCGGUGUCAUUGGGAGGGAUAAGCCAAGGGAGAUCAUCAGGGUAGAGCGAGACUAUACCGGAGGCGAGCUGUGCCAGUUCCACCCUACCUUUCCACUCGAGCUCGAAGGACGGGUCGAGCCGACUGUGUUCUCCGAGACGAUGAACGACAUCAACGAGCUGCUCAUCAAGGCACACGACCCAUCAUGGGCCUGUUUCGAUAACUCGCUGGCCGUGCUGACCCUAUAUACUUCUCCCUUUCUCCUCAAUUCAAAGUACGAACGGGAGAUGAAGAGACUCGACAAGAUCAUCAGCCAAGCCAACGAAAAGAGCUUCAAUCCGGCCGGCCUCAACAUUCGCAGUCCAGCCGAGAGUGCCUUUCUUUUUUUGGAGGUCGAGUACUUCUAGCUUUGGGCUUCUCGCCUCUCCUUUCUCACGACAGAUACCCUUUCUGGUCCUUCUUCUGAGCUCCUUCAUUACUCGUCUCUUGUACCAUCAGCAUCCUUGGUUGAACAUGAUCUCCACCCACGUGUCUCUCUCUCCCAAAUGUCGCGCUCGGUC